AUGCCCACUUGUUCUGCUGCGUCCGCCAUAGCAGGGCAAUCUGAAUCUCAAAAUGAAGGUAUUGCUAUCGUAUCUUUAGCCUAGCCGUUAUCUGGAAGCAUUUUAUUUUCAGAUAGCCAUCGAAGGAUGCUGUCAUGGCGCCUUGGAUGCCACUUACUCUCAGAUCGAGACUCUCCAAACUCGAAACAACUAUAAAGUAGACCUCCUACUUAUCUGCGGAGACUUCCAAGCUAUCAGAAACGAACGCGAUCUACAAUGUAUGGCUGUACCAGACAAAUACAAGAAACUUGGAGAGUUCUGGAAGUAGAUACUAUACGGGGGAAAAGACUGCGCCUGUCUUGACUAUCGUCAUCGGGGGAAACCAUGAAGCCUCAAAUUAUUUCUGGGAACUGUACCAUGGAGGUUGGAUCGCGCCGAGCAUGUACUUUCUAGGCCACGCUGGUUGUAUCCAAGUGAACGGGCUUCGUAUAGCUGGUGCUUCUGGGAUAUUCAAACCUCAGGACUUCCAUCAAGGUCAUUGGGAGCGCUUACCAUAUACACCUAGUGCUAUGCGAAGUAUAUAUCAUAUUCGAGAAUACAACAUCCGACGACUAUCUCUUCUCUCACCUCGCCCGACCAUCUUCCUCUCACACGACUGGCCACAAUCCAUUGAACAACAUGGCGACUUGCGUGGCCUCAUUAGACGAAAACCGUUCUUCAAGCGAGAUAUCGAGACCGGUCAACUAGGAUCGCCUCCCCUCAUGGGUCUGUUGAGGACACUUCGACCCGAGUGGUGGUUUUCGGCUCAUUUGCAUUGCCGAUUUGAAGCUGCCGUCGUACAUGCGUCUGAUAACGGAGUCGGUGGUCAGCAAGCCGGGAAGGGUGCAGAAGGAACGAAUCCUGAUGAGAUUGCAAUCGAAGACGACGAGUUUGACAAGCCAGAAAAGGUUAUUACGGAGAAAACGAAUGAGAAGGAAACUGAAGCAACAAAUAAUGUGUCACGUAAUCCCGAUGAGAUUUUGCUUGAAGAUGAAGAGGAAGAUGUCGUUGCACCUCCGCCGCCGCCGCCACCGCCACUUCAGACCAAGUUCCUUGCAUUGGACAAAUGUCUACCUCAACGGAACUUCCUCGAGGUCAUCGACGUUCCAUCUCCAUCAGAUUUUGUCCCACCUCCAAACACCGAUUCCUCACGGCCCAUUAUAUCAUUUGAUCCAGAAUGGCUAGCUAUCACACGCGCUUUCAACCCCCAUUUAUCGACGACUCGCGCUCAGCUCACGUACCCCAACGAAUCCCAAGCGCGAGAGGCCGUCCAGCGUGAACUGGAAUGGGUCAAGACACAUGUAUUUGCGGAUCCACAGGAUGGUGGGAAAGGCAUCAAGAUUGUAGAAGAUUGUCAACAGUUUGUGAUGACCGCGCCUGCUCCUGGGAAGGAGGGUGCUGAUGGCAAACAGCAGCCACCGUAUUAUCCGAAUCCACAAACCACCGCGUUCUGUGCGAUGUUGGAGAUUGAAAACAAAGUUGACCAUGCACGCUAGUCAAUAGACUGCGUUUGUAGCUUUUGUCGUCAUUUCAUGUCCGGCGGGACCCUUGUCGAACAACGUAGGCCUUCGCAAGAAGACACGGUCUUCGCCAUCUGAUAUCUCUGAGAUUGUUCAUACCAGAGAAGUGAUUAAGAGAACACACCGUUGUUGUAAUGAUAGUAAUAUCAACAGUAUGGAGAGAAUGAAAGAUUGAGUCCCGUA